GUGUGUGGGUACUAUAUCUGCACGCAACUUUGCAACACUGCCUAUGGCACUGUCACCCUGUGCAAUAAAUAUGUCCAGCGGGAUACGGCGCGCAAUUUGUGAGCAGCUGCCACAAUUGAAAAAUAUUUAUUAUGCGUUGGAAGUGCCUUCUAAAGUGCAGAACAGUACUGCUACACGACCACUGCUUCAGUGGAUUUUGCCGGCUGAUGUUGCACAACAUGAAAAUGAAUUGUUGGACUCGGUAAAAAGACAACAGUUUGAUACCUCAUUUAUUGAAGAUGUUCGUGUGGUGCCCCGAAACGGUCGCAAUGCGGCCAAAGUGGAAUUCCAGAUUCAACCCGAUGCAUUUGCAGCACAUCUUCUUCAGGCAGAUUCAGUCGUACCAAAGGCGUCAGCCUUUCAGGAGGAGCACGUUGUUGUCGAGUAUAGCUCACCCAAUAUAGCAAAGCCCUUCCAUGUGGGGCAUCUGCGUUCCACAAUCAUAGGUAAUGUGCUGGCCAAUCUUCAUCAGCAUUUAGGUUACCGUACGACGCGUCUUAACUAUCUGGGCGAUUGGGGCACCCAGUUUGGCUUGCUGGCACUUGGCGUCCAACUGGGGAGCAUUAGCGAUGAUCGAAUACGUGAGGCACCAAUUGAGACGCUAUACAACGCAUAUGUCAUGGCCAAUAAAGCCGCCGCAGAGGAUCCACAACUAGCUCAACGAGCUCGUGAACUGUUCACAUCGCUGGAAGCGAACACAGAUCCAACUCUGUCUUGUGAAUGGCAGAAAUAUCGGCAGUACACCAUAGACGAGCUCACAGGCAUGUACGAUCGUCUGGGAGUGCAUUUCGAUAGCUACGAGUGGGAGUCGCAGUACUCACAACGAGACAUCGGAGAUGUCCUCACGCAGCUACGUUCAGCGGGGCUGCUACAAAGAGAGCACGAUGGUCGUGAGAUCGUUGUUGUGGAUGAGCGUCGUGUUCCUGUCAUAAAGAGCGAUGGAUCUACCUUGUACCUGGCGCGUGAUAUUGCAGCAUUGUUGGAACGCCAGAGGCGCCUGCAGUUCACGCGCAUGCUCUAUGUUGUCGAUAAUGGUCAAGCGGAUCAUUUCAAUGCCCUAUUUAGUACGGCAACAGCGCUAGACGCAAGCUUAAAAGACAAGCUGCAGCAUGUGAAGUUCGGACGUAUUCGUGGCAUGAGCACCCGCCAAGGCAAAGCCGUAUUUCUCCGUGAUGUGCUCAACGAGGCACGUGACGUGAUGAGGGAGAAGCGCUUCGCGAGCGCAACCACUAAAGCUAAUAGCACACUUAAUGAUGAACACGUUUGCGAUAUUCUGGGGGUGUCGGCUGUGCUUGUGAACGUGCUGAAGCAGCGCCGGCAGAGGGAUCAUGAGUUUAGCUGGCAGCAGGCACUGCAGGUUAAUGGCGAUACAGGCAUUAAGCUACAAUACACGCACUGCCGCCUGCACAAUCUUCUAGAGCGUUUCGGAGACAUUGAGCUGGCGGAAAUAAAGCCCAGCUGGCAGCAUUUAACUGAAGAGCCAUCAGAUGCGCUGGCUGUGCUUUACGAGCUGGCACGCUUUGACCAAUGUGUCUGGCAGGCCAAGGAGCAGCUGGAGGCCCAUGUAUUAGUCAACUAUCUGUUUGGUUUGUGCAAUGCAACGAGUCGCGCACUGAAACGAUUGCCUGUGAAGCAAGAGAAGUGUCCAGAUAAGCAAUCGCAACGUCUUCUCCUCUUCCGUGCGGCCAAGCGAACGUUGCAGCAAGGCAUGCGACUGCUGGGUCUGAAGCCUCUAAACCAAAUGUAGUCGAAAUUUUUGAUAUAAUAUAAUAUAGUUUUUUUUAUUGAAAAUUUGAGGAGUAGAAAUACAGCGUCGCUUUGUAGUUCGCCGCUUAGCGCUUCUUCCACGUGUACUUGCGACGUGCGCCUUCCUGUCCGUACUUCUUGCGCUCCCGCCGGCGAUAGUCACGUGUCAACAAACCGGCUGCAUGGAUAAAUACAAAGUAGAUAUGUAAAAGUAAUUAGUGACAAUUACAUAAAUGCUUUUUAGCCGGCAGUUACACUUACCCAAACGCAUUGACUCAAUCAUCUCUUGAUCAACAAAGCUGCGCAAACUCAUGGCGAUGCCCCAACGAAUGGCGCCCGCCUGACCGGAUGGACCGCCGCCCUCCACAUUGGCCUCCACGUCAACUUUGCCCAGCAUUUCGCUGUAGUUCAGAGGAAAGAGUAACUGAAAAAAAAUAUAUAUAUAUAAUAAAAUGUAAUCGUGUUAGAAGUCAAGUUCAGAGCGCCCGAGGCGGCUAUUGUCUAUAUGUAUGUGCAUGUGGAACUGCUCAACUGGAUCUACGUAUUCGCUGCAUUGUAUUUUAGCGUAUGUAAUGAAAAAUAAAACUGCGAGAGUAUUUCCUGCACUAAAAUAACAACAAUAGAUAUUUAGAAAUAAUGACAAAAUCGUUACCCGAAUUAAAUGGCUUUGAGCCAAUGCCCAAAGCUGCAACAAAUUAUUGCACACUCGGGUCUAAAGCAAUUAA